UGUAGCAAACGGACGUUCGUCGUACAACGCGAGUGUUCUCUGCAAAAUAAAGAAUCUUAGAAAACUAUUACAAAAAAAAAAAAAAUAUUUUGCAUAAAUAAUUUCAGUGACUAAUUAAUGUUUAUUUUUAAUUAAACAGCUAUACAAUAAAAGAAAAUACAAGUGUGUUAAAAGAAAAUAUAUAAGAAAAACCAACAACAACAGUGUGAAACAAGAAAAAACACCGCAAACAAUUUUUAAAAGGUGAAAAAAAAAAUGUUGAAAAAUUAAAACAGAAAAUAAACUAAAAGUUUUGUAUGAAUAAUAUUUGUAAUAAUUAAUAAAACAACGUGUUUAUUAUCCAUAAACAAAAAUUUCAUUAAAAAGAAAACAAUUUCAAAGUGCAUAAAAGAUGAGUGAUUAUACUAUAGAGACAAGGCGUCGAUCUAGAUCGAAAACGCCAUUUUUACGUUCCAGUUGUGAUCAUGAGAAUUGUGAACAUGUUGGUGAUGAACCACAUGCGCAUCAUCAGAAGAAAAAAAUUUCUUCCUUGGCACCAAAUGUAAAAACUAUUGUGGAAGAAACCGUGGAGGUAACAUCAUCAUCAUCUUUGGGAACUGGCAAAGACAGCCCCUCUAAAAUGGCACAAACUAAAAUCAAAACAUCAGAUUAUUCCAGUGAAGAAAGUCCAGAUAAUAAAAACCAAACUUCCACACGAACUGCAACAUCGUCAUCGACUCAAUCACACCAACAAAAACAAACACUAACCGAAACACGUACAUCAACAAUGGUCAUAUCAAAGUCGAAGAAAGUCAGUGGUGGUAGCGUAGCUACUUCAACACCCAAAGCCAGUAACUAUGUUACAAGUUUUGCGUCACAAUUUGCUUCAAGAGGUGGCGGUGGCAGUGCAAGUGGAAGUGGUGGGAGUGCAAAGACAAAGACCAAUGUUAGCAGCAAUGAAGUGCAAUACCAACAGCGUAGAUACAAGGAACACACACAAAAUGUAAUGAAUACUGAAAAAGAGCUAAGUACCAGUAAAAAUAAAUCCUUAAGCGGUUUCCUGGGUAAUUCAUUUGGUGAUAGAAGCCUCAAUCUAGAUGCCAGUGAUCACAUUGCUUAUUUGGAAUACAAAAAGGCCGGAGAAUACUGGAAGACCACCCCCAAAACAGAUUACACAUAUUCCGAAUUAUCCCCCCAUCGACGUGAAUUGGCUCCUGGCGUUGUGGCCAUGCCCAAUAUGUCCCGCCAAUCAUUGGAGAAUCAUCAUGAACGCAUCAAUUAUAUGAUACAGCGUAAUCCUGCCCAAGAAGAAGAAAUUAGACGUCGCUAUGAAUCCACAAAAUACAGCCAAAAUAGAAGAGCGGCUGAAAGAUUAGCUUACGAUUCGGGUGAUGAAGUAGAUUAUUCACAAUAUCAAACAUAUGGCUCAAACAGAAAUGUAUAUAAUUACAAGGCCAAGCAAGAUGAAUCCUGGCUCAUGCGUUUCAUAACAACAAUUGUUACCACUAUAACAUCUACAUGGUCCACAGUAACAGGCUCCAAUAAUGCAGGUGUGGGCAUGUACACUUACAGCAAUAGCAUGUAUCGCACCAAGUUAGCGGAAGAAGAAAGGGGUUUCUUCGGCUCCAUAGUUCAUGGCAUUUCCUCGGCCUUCUUAGCCAUAGCACGCAAUCUGUAUUUGUUUAUAUCUUCCGUUUUAUGUUUGGACACUUGGCUGUUGCAAUCUUCAAAUGCUGAAAGUAAAAACAAAAAACGAUUUUUAUUAUUUUUGUUGAUGCUUUUGCCAUUAUUAUUGUUAGCGGCUUGGUGGCUGUUGGAUGAACCAGAUCGUAUGUUAUAUGCACAACGUUGGCACUCAUUGGUACCACUUUCACUUAUCACCACCCUUAGGAGCUCACUUUAUACCAAUGUCCAUGCACUCAAAAGCUUCUUGCCUCUAUUCGCUUCAUCAACACACAGUACUACUAGUCAAAAUAUGGAGAACUUAAAAUUAUCUUUGUCCAAAUCAAUGGCACCUGAAGAAUAUGAAAAUAUCUUAAAUCAUAUUAAUUCGUACAUACACAAUCUGGUAGAUAUUAAAUUACAAGAGCAACAGCAAAAACAACUAGAAAAAGGCUCCGAACUUAACACCAAACAAACUCAGUUGAUAGUACAAAUAAUCAAAGAAAACCUGGAAGCUUUAUCGCGGCAAAAACGUUUUGCCGACAGCUCUGCUUCUCUAUCAGAUAACGAUCUAAAUGUUAUCAUACAAAAAGUUUUAUUAAGGCUUGAAGAUACACAAAGCUUUGAAAAACCAUUGAAACUUUCGGCUGACAAUAUAGAAGAGAUCAAAAAUUUAAUAUCACAAACUAUAGAAGUUAACAAUCACUCUCAUUAUAAAUUAAUUGUAGAAAAAUUGGAUUUAGAUGCCUUAAUUGCUAAACUAUUGAAGGCUCCUCUAUUCUCCAACUAUAUACAAGCCGAAAUUUCUUCACAGCUUAAUGAUAAACUACAAGAAAAGCUUUUACUUUUACAGCAAUCUCAGUCAUCGGGCGAUGAUCACUAUAAAUUGAGCCUAGAGCAACAAAAACUAAUAAUUGACAAUUUAAACAAAGAUAUAGCAUUUAUAAAACUUGCCUUCCAUGAUAAACUUUCGGAAAACGAAGACUUGCAUUAUUCCAUCAAACAGUUGCAGCAAACUCAAGAUGUCUUGCUGCAACGUUUGCAGGAAUUGGAAUUCUCGACCGAUCAAAAGUUUUCGAAUCUAUUACAGGAAAUCACCCUAAAACUCAGCACUCUCAAGGAUGAACAAUUCAAGUUACUCAAUCAACAAGUUAAAUUAUCGUUAAUUGAGAUUUUAGGUUUUAAAGAGACAACCAAAGAUGGUGCUCAACUCUCGGAAUUAGAUCUACAGAAUUGGGUACGCAAUAUGUUUGUGGCCAAAGAUUAUUUAGAAUUACGCCUGGCAGAAAUUAACAAUCGUACAAAUGAUAAAAUCAAACAGGAAAUUGAUAAAUCCGGCAUGUUCUUAAUGCGUGACAUUAGCGAUCGCCUGAAACAGGAAAUUAUUAUAAGUGUAGAAAAUAAGCAAAAAGAAACUCAGGCUACUCUUCAAGGACAAAUAAAGGAGGCCUUAUCCGAGCAUGAAGUUCGCAAUAUUGUUAAAUCCGUUCUUGCCAUCUACGAUGCUGAUAAGACUGGCUUAGUUGAUUUCGCUUUGGAAUCGGCAGGCGGUCAAAUACUCUCAACACGUUGUACGGAGAAUUAUCAAACUAAAACCGCACAAAUAUCAGUAUUCGGUAUACCUUUGUGGUAUCCCACUAACACGCCCAGAAUAGCCAUAUCGCCCAAUGUCCAACCGGGUGAAUGUUGGGCUUUCCAGGGUUUUCCUGGAUUUUUGGUUCUUAAAUUAAACUCAUUGGUUUAUGUGACCGGUUUUACGUUGGAGCAUAUACCAAAAACGUUGGCUCCCAAUGGACAAAUUGAGUCGGCACCAAGAAAUUUUACAGUUUGGGGUUUGGAGCAUGAAAAAGACCAGGAACCUAUACUAUUCGGUGAGUAUGAAUACACGGAUAAUGAUGCCUCGUUGCAGUAUUUCCCUCUACAAAAUAAAAACAUCAAGCGACCCUAUGAAAUUGUCGAAUUACGCAUUGAAUCCAAUCAUGGUCAUUCUUUGUACACAUGUCUCUAUCGUUUCCGUGUACACGGUAAACCACCGGCCGCCUAAUGUUUUAGAAAGUCUCAGUUUUUGCCUCAAGAAGCAGCACUCAACCAGUCCAUACACAUCAAAACAACUUAGCCAUAAUUGAUACAUUUAGUUAAUUAAGUAUAAAAUAAUAAAA